UUUCCCCCUAGACUUUUUUAAUCCCCCUCUCUAAUCAAUUCUCAAAUCGUGAUUAGAGGAAUUUAACACGCGUUUAAAAAAUACUGAUUGCCCAAUUAAAAAAAAAACAGACCCGACCCAGAAUUGAAAAGAAACCCGACCCGACUUAAUUGGAGAUCUAAUUGAAAUCAGAAUCAAAUUGGGGCUUAGGGUUUUUUCUAUCUUCUUCCCGACUUAGAAACAACGACACAUAAACGACUGGAAAAAAGAGAGAGAGAGAAACGACGGGGAACAGAGAAGAGAGUGACAGAAACGAAGAAGAUGACAGAGAAAGAGAGAGAGACAGAAUCGAGAGAAAAGAAUGCAGAGGAGAGAGAGACAGUGAGGAACGACGAAGAUGCAGAGGAGAGAGAGACAUUGAGGAACGAUGAAGGGGCUGUGGUUUUUAGAGAUGAAACAGAGAAGAAAGACUUAGAAGGAGAUUAUGAGACAGAUGACGAGGAAGACGUGAAAUCUGGAAAAGAAGAUAAGAUGGAUGAAGCUGAGGAUACUCUUGGUCGAUUUGAGUGUGAGAUCGAGGAAUCAGUAGCUGAUUUUGAGGAUGAGAUUCCAACUGAGAGAAACGAGAUUCCAGAGAGUUCGGAUGACUCUUCUAAGGAUGAGAUUGAUGUGCGUGAGAAGAGGAUGAAAAGAAGAAAAAUUCAUGAUAAAUUAGCUUUGGGCAGUAGCUACUACACAUUGUAUGAGUUUAAAGAGGUAGUCUUGGAGUAUCCUUUGAGCAAGAGAAGAAACAUUAAGCAAGAUAGGUGGGAUAAGAAAAAAGUCUCAUAUGUGUGUGGCAUUGGUGGGAAGUGUAAAUGGCGGGUUUAUUGCUCCUAUGAUAUUGAAAGUCAGAAAUGGUUGUUGAAGACGAAGUAUAGGUAUCAUAGUUGCACUCCGGAUGGGAAAUGCAAGCUGUUGAAAAGUCCGGUGAUUGCAAGACUGUUUUUGGAUAAGCUGAGACAGAAAGCGGAUUUGAUGCCGGAGGAGAUUCAACAGAUUAUAAAGGAGAAGUGGAAAAUAGUCAGUACACGAAAUCAGUGCCAAAGAGGCAGACUUUUAGCUCUGAAAUGGCUUGAGAAAGAGUAUGAGGAGCAAUUUGCUCAUCUUCGAGGAUAUGCACAGGAGAUCGUGGUGUCGAAUCAGGGUUCCACAGCCAUUGUAGACACAUACAAAAACAAAGCAGGGGAAGAUGUUUUCAAUGGUUUUUAUGUCUGCUUUGGGAUUCUUCGAGACACUUGGAGAGGAUAUUGUAGGCCAAUUAUCGGAGUUGAUGGUACUUUCUUGAAGAGAGCUGUGAAAGGGGUGUUGCUAACUACUGUUUAACAUGAUGCCAACAAUCAAAUCUACCCGAUUGCUUGGGCCGUUGUUCAAUCUGAGACAACUGAUAGUUGGUUAUGGUUUACCAAGAAAAUAAAACAUGACUUAGUUCUACAAGAUGGGACUGGAUUUGUCAUCAUUUCAGAUAGAUCAAUGGGACUGAAAAGUGCCAUGGAGUUAGAGUUACCGAAUGCUGAGCAUAGAAAGUGUGUGAAACGCAUUGUGGAGAAUGUGAAGAAGAAUCAUGCCAAGAAAGACUUGCUGAAACCAAGGAUAUGGGAUAUUGCUCGGAGCUAUACGAAGUCGGAAUUUGACUACAAUGUCAGGAAGUUACAAGCAUACGAUUUGGCCUUGUAAAAUGAUGUUAUGAAAGAGCUGCCGGAAACUUGGUCUCGACCUUUUUACAAGCUUGGAAGCUGCUGUGAAGACGUUGACAACAAUGCAACAGAGUCCUUUAACUCCACUAUCACAAAAUCUAGAGCGGAAUCAAUGGUCCCAAUGCUUGAGAUGAUAAGGAAGCAAGCAAUGGAACACAUUGCCAAAAGACACAUCGCAUCGAUGAGGCAUGAGGGGGUUUGUUCAAAGUAUGUAGCUAAACUGCUUGCAGAGGAGAAGAAGAUCGCAGAUGAAUGUGUGACGACACCUGCAACCCGUGGAGUCUUUGAGGUCUCUGUAGACAAUGAUAGAUAUAAUGUCAACACAAUAAGGCAUACAUGUUCAUACGGAAAAUGGCAAAUAAGUGGAGUUCCGUGUGAGCACGCUUAUGGAGCAAUGAUCGAUAAAGGUUUGAAUGUUGAUGAAUAUGUCUCAGGCUUCUUCUCUACCAUGAUGUGGCAAUAUAUUUACAACACUAAUCUAGAACCUGUUAGAGUACCACGAGUAUGGAUGAAGUCGGGUUAAGGAUUGAUAGUUGCUCCUCCAGAACCUGAUCAACCCGGGAGAAAGAAGAAGAAGAAGCAAAAGAAAUUCCCUACAAUAAAAGGCAAAUUCGAAUCACCAAAGAAGAAGAAGAAGAACGAAGUGGAGAAGCUUGGAAAAGCUGGUCGGACAGUUCAUUGUGGUUCUUGCGGUGAGGUAGGCCAUAAUGCAAAUGGUUGUAAAAUUCACCCGAAGAAAAAGAUGAAGAAGACACACCAAAGUGUGGAAGAGGGAAAUUCUUCUCAUGGGAAGCAGGACGAAGUGAGACUUACUCAGCCUACACAAAGUCAAAGCUAAGCAGCUCCGAUCAAGUUCAGAAGAAGAAGCUCGUGAUGAUGAUCAACCACAAAGCCUGAUCCCAUUUCUAUAAGUCAUGACUCAGAGAACUUGCGAUGCUUUAUCUUGACUUGAAUUAUUUAUUUUAUGUGUGAUUUGGAAGAAUCUUUUAUCAUGAUUAUGUACUUACUUGCAAAAGUUCACCAAGUUUCUUCUAGUUGAUACCAGCGCCAUUUUCUCUUAACA